AACCAUUUCGGAAUGGCGAUUAGCUAGGACGGUGUGAAAUUGUUUGGCAAACAAGUUAUUUGAUGUUGACGAGAAUUUAGCUCACAUUUAGUUUGGACAUUGAUAAUGGCAGAUCUAAGGGCGCUGACUGUUUUGCUGUUACUGGUGUGCUUCACUGAUAAUAUAGUUGGCAAAAUAGUUCUACCGCACAAAUUACGCUACUUAGAAAAUAUGUUAAACGCCGAGGUUAUAGCAAAAGCAGCCAAGAUCCGGCAGCGCAUGGAAGCCAACCCUAAUAACCAAGACAAUGAAAAGAGCUGGCCUCUCAUCCUCGCAAAGUAUCAAGCCGACGAUAAGAGGAACAUGCCCGCGUACUCAUACGACAGUCUGUAUGCAAGACGAGUACCUAAUCUGUAAUUAAGUAGAAUAAACAAAAUCACCGAAUACAGUACCUGUAAUUUAUUAGAUUAGAGAAAAUCAACGAGUACCUAACCAGCAAUUCAGUAGCAUAGACAGAAUCGGGAAAUACUUAACCUGUAAAUUUGAUUACGUUUGGUAAAGAUAGCAACACUGUAGCAAGACGAAUACCUAAACUGUAAUUUAGAAUAAUAGACAAAAUUACCAAGUACCUUACCUGUAAUUUAGUAGCUAACCUGUAAUUUAGUAGAAUAAAAAAACGAAUACCUUACCUGUAAUUUAGUAGAUUAGCUAAAAUUCACGGAAGCCUAACCAGCAGUUCAGUAGCAUAGACAUAAUCGG